CAGAGCUAACAGAAGAAGGGCGCUUUCUUCUCAGUUGUGGCGGUAGAAAAUUGUGGCUGCUUCGUCAGUCCUUUAUAGUUUAUCUUUGGGUUAUUCCAGUCCAGUAGACGGUUUCAUCCAGCUUUGCCAUGAUGCAGCUCAGCAGCGACACGCAAUGCAACAAGCACUCGUUGCUCAACGUUAUGAACCGGUUCAUCGCUGCUGCCAACAACAUGGAUGAGACCAUCAUGGUGCCAAGCUUCCUGCGGGACGUGCCUCUGGAGGACCAGGACAGCCAAGCCUCUGUUAGUCACAAUAACAACGAGCCCGCUUUCCCCAGCAAACAGAGGGACAUGUAUGAGCACUACCUGCUGCUAAAGUCCAUCAAGAACGACAUGGAGUGGGGCCUGCUGAAGAGGGAGAUGGGCGGCAGCUUUCUAGAGAUGGCAGUGACGCAUGAAGAACCGCAGGUGAACGGAGGAGCUGCAGAGGAAGGCUCUGACCUGGAGGGCCAAUUCCACUACCACCUCCAUGGACUGUUUGCUGUUCUGUCCAAGCUCACGGUCCAGGCUGACCACCUCACGAAUCGUUACAAGAGAGAAAUCGGUGGAGGUAGCCUGUUGCGAUAGGAUUGACUUGUUUAGAAAUAAAAUGGACUAUUUUUGAACCAUUGGACUGGGAAGUGAAUGGGUGGCAGUGGACCUAAAGGGCUUCAAAUUCCCCUCUGCCAUCAAAAAAGGGUUUCUUGCCCAAGUUGGUUGGCCUGUGGCCUGUCUUGGUGGUAUCUGAUGCUUUCAGGACGUUUCCUCUAGACACUAAAGGGCUAUGAGAUUAAUGGGUAUGGUUUUAAAUCUCUGUAUGCCAGGUCCGAAAGCCCUUGACGUUGUCAUUUAAAGCUGUAGAAGAAUGUGGAUGCUGGUAAUUCAAUUCUUUCUAUUAGCCAGCCAAUGCCUUUUAAUGAGGGGAAUUUUUUUUUAUGUAUUAAUGCUGCUCUUGUGCACUUGUCCAUGUAAAAUGGCGUGCCUUGUUUUCAUUUCCCACUUGUGCUGUUCUCGUGUGUGUAUGCUUGUCAUGCAUUGUAUCUGUUUGAACAAGGCCCAUAUGAGUCUGUAUGCCACUUGUUUCUGGUUUGUCCUAGAAGGUUUCAAGUUUUAUAUCAUGCUGUAAUAUAGUGACUUAUUGAAAUAAAGCAUUAACUUAAACUGC